AUGGAUCUAGUACAGAACACGGAGCAGACGGUGAUUUAUCCGAGCGCGGGAAACAACAACGACAACAACAUGACGGACGUGGACGAUAAGGAGAAUGACUUGGAUGAUUCCAGCUCUGCACAACCAGAGCCGCGGGAGGACGACGUGCGCUUCUCACGGGUCUCCGCGGUGGUCACGCACUGGGUCUCAGACUUUCUGUUCCUCAGUCUUUGUCGCAACUUCAAAAACAGAAAUCUGGAAGAAUUUAACAACAAACUGGGAACGUUUGAAGACGUUGUCAAGAACAUGCCUCAGAAUGAGAAAGUUCUAGUCUGUGCCUUUCUUGCCAGAGUGAUACAUGGGCAGCAUCUGGACGUGAAUUUUGAAAAUGACAAGAACGUGUCGCCUCUGAUGUCUGCUGCAAAAAUAUGGAGUGAACUUAAAGAAACGGCAGAUGAUGAAAGUUUGGCCGAAAAUCUCUCAAUACUUUUAUUUGUGCAGUCGGUGGCAGUGUGCAUGGAGAAAGGAACCAGUGCAUCAUGUGUUCUUCAGUGGUUUGAGGACAAUCUCGACUUUCCAUCGGCUCUGAGGGUCAAACUUAGAACGGUUGUUGAGUCAAAGGACGUUUACCACCCAUUUAUCACAAGCUUCAGCUACAACCGCCUUUUGGAGACAACAGACACUUUUGUGGAUGCCUUUCUAAAAAGCAAUCCCUCUGAUUAUCUUUUUAAGGCAGGCGCCAAGGCACUGCAGUCACCUGGGAGCAAGGAGACUUUGAAAGACACAAUAUCAGAGGACGAAGACGACCAAACUCCAGAGCCCUGCACGGUUAAAGUCAAUAAGAAUAAGAAGAAAUCGUCUUGUGUGAGUCCCAACAAAUCAAAACGAAGACUUCUUUCAACAAAGAUGUGUGACCUGUGGAUCCCAGAAUCAUGCAAAAGGCCUACAGUGGUUCUCACACGAAUCUCCAAGAAAGAGCGGUCUUCGGCCCUUGAUGAGUUCAAUGACAUGGACACCACGGCAUUAAAGAAGCGGAAACCACGCACUAAAUGGACAUGGGAAGAAGACCGACAACUCACUGUUGGUGUGCAACGACAUGGUUUGGGGCAUUGGUCUCGCAUUUUGCAUGACUUUGACUUUGGGAGCCGCACUGGUGUCAUGCUCAAAGACCGAUGGAGAACCCUCUCAAAGUCUCAUGUGGUUUGA